CGAUGUUCUGUAGUUGUUGUUUUGCCAGUAGGUCAGCACAUGAAUUUGAUUCUCGGUUUGUCCAAGUGUAUUGCAAGCUUUCAAACUUCUGCUCCCAUUUCCACAUGUCACGUAGCCAGUUAACAACAUCAAUAUUUUUUGUUCUCUUUUUAAGGAGAUUGAUGUGUUAUAUUUUAUUUUAUUUGAUUUUUGGUUUUUUAUAUGGUUUAUGUCAAUCUAUAAUUAUAAAUUAUCCAAUAUAUUGUACAUAAUAUGUUAGACCAAUAUGAAAGGACUAGUAUUAUCUCCCGUGCAUUGCACGGAAAAGAAGUUUGAUGUUAUAUCUUGCAACAUUAAUCCCUUAUAAACCCAAACUGUAAAUUAUUGAUCGUAUUUUCAAAACAAAAUAAAUCAUUACACAUGCAAACAAAUUGAGAGAAGGCAUAUCUCUUGCACAGAGCAAAUUAAAAUACCAAUCUUUUUGUUUUUUGUUUUUCGUCCAUCUGCUUUUGUUUUCUUUGGUCAAUUCGUUUGUAUCAUUUUCAAUGAAAAUAAAAAUAUAAACAUGCAAAUAAAAAAUAGGAAGACUAACCUCAUCAGAUUAGGUCUUGCUCUAGAAAGUAGACAUGGAUCUUUAUCGUUUCCUCUACCAUCCGAGUUUCUUUAUCACAUUUGUUACCUUCUGGUUAUCAACAAAUUUUUCUCUGUUUUUUUCUUGUGGUGCUUCUAAAGUUAGAAGUCUUGUGCAUGUGCUCCCAUAGGAGUCUCUCUAACUCUCGUUCCCUGAAUAAUCAAUCACAAGCACAAUAUAUAAAACAUAUAUAUUUCAGCGAUAAUAGAUUUAGUCCAUUUUGAAAUGUUACCGACAUAUUUUGGUCGCGUCACUUUUUCAUUUUGCAAUAUGUAGCUUCUGCUAAUAUCUAAAAGAGGAAAAAGGUUAUAAGAAGAUUAGGAGAAAAAGAUUUGUGAAUAAAAAAUCAACAUAAAGAAAAUUAUCCUUUGAGCAUAAAGAGUUUGGGCAUUUUAAGUCUCACUAACCUCACUUUAACCUUCAUCAGCCAAUUUUGUUGUGCGCUUGUCUAUCCGUCGCCCAUAGCAAGAGACUAUGUUGAUCUCAGAAAUGUAGAUACGAACAUUAGAAAGUUUUGAUCUAUUUAGUUAGAAACUGAAAUGUCAUCACAUUUUCGGAGAGAGUCAUUGGAGCCUCUGCAGAAAAACUUAGGAAUUUACGUGCAAUAAGAGAUGAAGUUGAAUUUAUGGCACUGUAACAGUUUCAGAUAUAAUGAGAUCAUGGGAGUAGUUGUGAGAAAUAUUAGGGAGAUUUUAUAUAAAAAAUAAAUAAAAAUAAUACAUAGAAAUCAGUUAAGAAAGACGAAACUGUUUAUAUAUUUUUUUUUGACAUUUGUAAUUUUUUUAAAAAUUGUUAAACAUAUUCCAUAUGUCAAAAUUUUGUUGGUCUUGUGACUUGUGCUUUAGUAUAUAAGGGAUUAAACGCCUAACAUAAGCAAAAUUUCAAUUACUAAUCAGCAACUGUAAUAAGAUACUUGAUUGAAGUACAAAAAAAGAAAUAUUUAAUCCUGCAUUUGCUUAAAAGAGGACGCCACGUGUGAAGCGAAAGCACCAAUAGUAAGAUAGAAGUUACCUCUCUCUCCUUCCAAAAUCCAAACUAUCUCUCCCUUCAAUCUCCGACGAGGCAGGACCAACGACCAAUCCAGACAUUGUUUGACUCCUUAACCCCCAGAUUCAUUCACCCGCAGGAAAGAAAAGUCUCUCUCUCUCUCUCUCUCUCUCUCUAUUUCGUCUUCUUGGAUCUCGCAUUAUCUGCAACUUCAUCUCCUUCGAUUUCUACAUCAGAUCUGGGGGAAUGGAUAGCAGUUACUCUGCCAUCUCCAAAAACUCUUACCUCGAGUUACAGAAACAGACUCACAAUGCAAAACCCACAUCCAAGUUGCUUCCUUUCGAUGACGAAACCUUCGUCCACGACGAAGAAAGCUUCGUCGAUGAUCUAGACUUCGAUGUCUCUAGUUACCCCCUCGUUAACGGAUCCAAAUCGAGUCAAGGUGGAUCUGGGAUCUACGGCGCCGUUUUCAACCUCACCACAUCCAUCAUCGGCGCCGGGAUCAUGGCAUUGCCGGCCACCAUGAAAGUCCUCGGCUUGGUUCUCGGCUUCGUUUUAAUCAUCCUCAUGGGAGUUUUAUCCGAGAUCAGCGUCGAGCUUCUGGUUAGAUUCUCAGUUCUCUACAAGUCCAGAUCCUACGGCGAGGUAGUCCAAUCCGCUUUAGGGAAAACCGCUAGGGUUUUGUCUGAGAUUUGCAUCAUCGUCAACAACGGUGGCGUUCUCGUUGUCUACCUCAUCAUAAUGGGUGACGUCAUCUCCGGUUCUCUUCACCACGUCGGUGUUUUGGAUCAGUGGUUAGGUAACGGGUUCUGGGACCACCGUAAAGUUUUGAUCUUGAUUGUUAUGGUCGUCUUCUUGGCUCCUCUCUGUGCGUUGAACAAGAUUGAUUCAUUGAGCGUGACUUCGGCUGCUUCCGUCGCUCUUGCUGUUGUUUUCGUUGUUGUCUGUUUCGCUGUGGCGGCUAUUAAGCUUGUAGAAGGAACUAUUGAUACUCCGAGGAUGAGUCCUGAUUUUGGUUCCAAGAAGGCGAUCUUGGAUCUUCUCGUGGUGAUUCCGAUAAUGUCGAACGCUUACGUUUGUCAUUUCAAUGUGCAGCCGAUCUAUAACGAGCUUGAAGGUAGAUCGCCUCAUAAGAUGAACAGCGUUGGGAGAAUCACUACAGCUAUUUGUGUUGUUGUCUAUGCGUCAACCGCUGUCUCCGGUUAUCUUCUCUUUGGUCAGGACACUGAAUCAGAUAUCUUGACCAACUUUGAUCAAGAUCUAGGCAUCCGUUUCAGCUCUGCGGUGAACUACAUUGUCAGGAUAGGAUACAUUCUUCAUCUAGUCCUCGUCUUCCCCGUGGUCCAUUUCUCGUUGAGAGAAACCGUCAACACUUUACUGUUUGAAGGAUCUCCUCCUCUGUCGGAAACCAAGAAGAAAUCUUUGGGGCUCACAGUUGUCUUGCUGGCUCUUAUAUACAUCGGCUCGACCAUGAUCCCGAAUAUAUGGACUGCAUUCAAAUUCACUGGGGCAACAUCAGCGGUUUCGCUUGGUUUCACGUUCCCUGCUUUGAUUGCGUUACGGUUAGGGAAACAGAGCAAUGCUUUAAGCCUGGUGGAGAGAUCUGUGUCGUGGUUGAUGCUUAUCUUGGCCGUGGUGGUUAGUGUUGUGGGAACCCUUGGCAACAUUUACAGUCUCAGAAGCAAAUCAGAUUGAUAGAUUACACCAAUCAGAGAUUCAGUUUUAUGACUGCUACAUGCACCUUUAGAGGAUCUUGAUCAAUGGGCUUCUCUGUUCAGGCUAAGCCUAAAGAUUCACCUGUUUGUGAAUUGGUUUAAUCAUUACCCGUCACUUCUAUGUAUACAGACCAGAUUCUUGUAAUAUUACUAUUAUUAUUAUAUACGCAAUUUUUUUGACU